AUGGCAGUGGUUGACUAUCUUUGGGGCGAUACCAGUAAGGAGGAGAAGAAGUUGAUACGAAAACUCGAUAGACAGGCAUUUGCCAAUGCAUACGUCGCUGGUUUAAAAGAGGCGCUUGACCUCCACGGUAACCAAUACAAUGUUCUACUCUCAAUGACCUCGGCGGGAAUGCUGGUUGGACAAAUACCAAGCAGCAUCAUCAUCCACAAGAUCAGACCUCGCAUAUGGCUUUCCUCAAUGGUCGUCACCUGGGCUGGCCUGACCAUGGCUAGUGCAGCUUGCAAGACAUAUUCUCAGCUAUGCGCCGUUCGAUUCCUCAUGGGCCUAGCUGAAGCUAGUACCUACGCUGGAUCAAUCUACAUCAUGGGAUCGUGGUACAAGUCAGACGAGAUCGGCAAGCGGACAGCCAUGUUUACUGUCGGUGGGCAAGUAGGAAAGAUGUUUGCCGGUGCCAUGAUGGCUGCUAUCCAUGAGUCUAUGGAAGGUCAUGGUGGACUCGCAGGUUGGCAAUGGGUGUUUUUGAUCGACGGCAUCAUCAUUCUGCCCAUUGCCGUGUUUGGCUUCUUUUACUUUCCCGACGUCCCAGAGUACACUGAUGCUCCAUACCUGAAUGAGAAAGAACGCCAGCUAGCUCUGGAUCGACUACCACCCAAGAGGGAAGAUGGCCAUAGCAUCCAAGCUUGGAGCCUUAUCAAGAGGGUCCUAGGGAAUCCCUUAGUGUACAUCUUCUGUGUAUUCUCCAUUCUUGGUACAGCUUUACAGUCAUACGUCGUCCAAGGACUCAUGCUACUUUACCUUAAAUUCCGCAAAGACAUCGACGGUUUUACACAAACCGAAGUCAACACCCUACCCAUCCCAACUCACGCCGUUGGUAUCGUCGCCGAGUUCUCUAUCUCAUUUUUCAUGGACAGAUACAAUCAACGCAUGUCCCUUGGUUUCAUACUUUGCAUCAUUCAAAUUGCAUGCAGCAUCGUCCUUCUGAUCCCAAACAUGAGUGUACCAGGCAACCUCACAGCACUAUAUCUUUCAGCUUCAUCAUAUGGCAUAGCCCCUUUGAUGUACGGUUGGGCGAGUAAUAUUCUGGCACGAACAGCAGACGACGCAGCGCGAAGUGUGACUCUGGCUUCCAUGACGGCCGUCGAUGGUCUUUGGUGGACGUUCUGGGGCAUCGUGCUUUUCCCAGCUGACGAUGCUCCGUAUUGGAAGAAUGGGUACAUUGCGAUGCUUUGUGUCAGUACGGCAAUGGCGGGAUGGCUCUUUGUUGUUCGAUGGGUUGAUCGUUACACGGCUGAGAAGUACCCCGCUGGUGAGCAUACGAGUGCUUCAUCUUUGGUGCCGACUCAGGUCAAUUACUCUACCAUGAGUCAACCUGAGAAAGACAAUAAAAAGGCUUAG